GCGUAGGACAGGAGGCAGACGACUGUUCCCUCACAAACAGGGGCUUUAGAGCAGCCAUGUCCUACUUCAUGUCUCCACAAACUCAUCCAGGUCUUCCGCCUUCCGGCCAAGGUGGGGCUGCUUCUCUGGGCUCAUCCCUUGGCCUCUAUAGUCCUGUAGAGCCAGUGGUGGUGGCCUCUGGUGGACAAGGCCCACUGAGCCAGAAAGCUGAGCAGGCGACACCCGUUGCCCAGGCCUGGGGCCCGGCCCUGGCAGUGCCAGAAGCCAGGGGCUGCCCUGGGGGGGCUAGCUGGGAGCCACUGCGGCGGAAGGAGUACAGCCGGUACUGCCACAAAUUCCCCCACGCGAGGCAGCCGGAGAGCCUGGGCUGGGAGGAUGGCUGCUCCAGAAGCAGAGCUCCCUACCUGGGUGGCCCCAGCAGGCCUGGGCCCCUGCUGUGUGGGCUGCCCUCUGAGGCAGGAGGGAAGGAGGCCGGCUCCCAGCCCGACAUCUGCAUUCUUACCUUGGCCAUGAUGAUCGCUGGCAUCCCCACCGUGCCUGUCCCAGGCCUACGGGAAGAGGACCUGAUCCGGGCAGCUCAAGCUUUCAUGAUGGCCCAUCCGGAGCCAGCUGGGGCUGUGGAGGGGGCACGGUGGCCCUAGUGAGAUCCCGGAGGGGCCAACCUCCUGGCUCCUGCUUGCAGCGGGAUGAAAUAGCACCAGACACGUAGGGUGGCUUCUCCGUAUGGUUUUUGGGCAGGCAGGGUUGGUGGUGUCUAUGGCAGGGAUGCGGAUAGGGUGGUGGUUUGAGCCA